CACCUCGUCCUGCUUCCAUUUCCAACUUUCAUCAAAACCCAAACCUCAAAAAAACCGAACACACUAUAACAGACACAACACCUGCAGUAGUAGAAGUAACCAACCACCCUGCUUCAAUCAUAACACACGUAAACCUAACGCAGACCACCUCGCGCGUUUUCCUUUGUGUCGUUGCCGUUUCAAUUCUCAGAAAAUGCUCGAAAAUAAGGACCCUGCAAUUAGGCUCUUCGGCCAGAAGAUUGCCUUUUCCGGAGAACCCGACGCUCCGACCAUUGCCGCCGCUCACACCCCCUCGCCACCGCCGCCGGUGGAUGUUGUCAGAGACGCAGAAGAAGAAGGAGAAGAAGAAGUAGAUGACGACGUUGCUGACUCAGAGGCUGAAGAUGAUGACAACAAAGACAAGGAUCCUGCAGAAGAAGUUAGUGAGAAAACGAAAGAAGCUGAUCUUCCUCUAAAUGCUGCAGACUCUAAUAACACCGCAGAGGGUCUUCAGAAUCCAAACACACCUUCCAUAGACGAAGAAUCUGCAAAGUCAAAAUCCAACAAGUCAGAAAACGAUCAAACCGAUCCAACCACAACAGUUGCUGCUACUGAAACCAACAACUCACCAGACAACAACAAUAAAACGCUGAAAAAACCAGACAAAAUUCUUCCAUGUCCUCGCUGCAAUAGCAUGGACACCAAAUUCUGUUACUACAACAACUACAAUGUGAACCAGCCACGUUACUUCUGCAAAGCGUGCCAAAGGUACUGGACCGCCGGGGGCACCAUGCGAAACGUGCCGGUGGGUGCAGGGAGGAGAAAGAACAAAAACUCAGCCUCUCACUAUCGCCAUAUCACAAUCUCUGAAGCACUUCAAGCUGCAAGAAUCGAUUCCCCAAACGCGACUCAUCUUUUGAAGCCCAAUGGGAGAGUCCUCAGCUUUGGUAUAGACCCUCCAAUUUGUGAUUCCAUGGCAUCAGUCCUGAACCUCGCGGAGAAGAAAACAAGAAACGGGUUUCACUCCAUGGAGGAUCAGAGAAACAAAGAUGAUGACUGCUCGAGUGCAUCAUCCAUCACCGUUUCCAAUGAAGAAAGUGGGAAAAGCACGUCACAAGAAUCAUUGGUGCCUAACAACAACAGUUUCAUACAUCAUCAUCAUCACCAUGUUCCGUGCAUCUCCACCGUUCCUUGGGCUUAUCCUUGGAACUCCGGGGUUCCCUCAGCACCUGCUAUGUGCCCUCCAGGGUUUCCCAUGUCAUUUUACCCUCAUGCAUUUUGGAACAUUCCAUGGUUUCCCACACACCAUGCUGCCCCAGCUCCAAGGUCUCCGGGUUCUGGUCCAAAUUCUCCCACUCUCGGGAAACACUCCAGGGACGAUGACUUGGCGAAGCAAGAGCACGUCCACGAGGAACCCUCGAGGCAGAGAAACGGGUCUGUUUUGGUGCCCAAAACUUUGAGAAUCGAUGACCCCAGUGAGGCAGCCAAGAGUUCAAUAUGGGCAACUUUAGGGAUCAAGAACGAGUGUGUGAGUGGGGGUGGCAUGUUCAAGGGGUUCCAAUCAAAGAAAGAAGAGAAAGACCGUGUCAUUGAAACCUCUCCUGUGUUGAGGGCCAACCCUGCAGCCUUGUCUAGAUCCCUUAACUUUCACGGGAACUCUUGAUUCAGUCAGCAGUUACAAUAAAAACAGAAGAAGAGCAACCUUGGUAGGAGACGGUGACCAUCUUUCAGCAAUGGGAGUUUGGACAUGAAGCGAAGGUUGGUAGUCUCUGAUUUGGUCAGCAUCGGUAGGAGGAACUAAUCUACUAGGAGGGUUUAGUUGGUGGAGCUGGGAAGUCGCAACUAAUUUCUCUCUUUCAUGUCAGUAACACUAUAUAUAUAUUUUUUUUCCCUUUUUAUGUACUUAGUUUGGUGAGUUUGAGUUGAUGUACAUAUAUAUGUGAAAAUACUUGCUAGAGAUGGAAAAAGGUCUUUACCAUGUAUAAAAAUUCAGAGCUAGUGUAUUUUGAUCUUUCAUAUGAAAAUGGAAAAUGAGACUGCGUCUGUUUUUGA